AUCAUGUAUGUGGGAUACCUACUGGAUAAAGAAAGUAGCAUGUAUCACCAAGGGCCAGUAAGAAGAUCAAGCAUCAAUCUGCCUCCACAGAACUUUGUUUCUCCACCGCAGUACCCCGACUUUACCGGAUAUCAUCAUGUGCCAAACAUGGAUACACACCCACAGUCUGCAGGGAGUUGGGGACCUUCAUAUGGCACCCCACGGGAGGACUGGGGUGCAUACAGUCUGGGACCCCCUAAUGCUAUUCCUGCGCCCAUGAGUAAUUCCCCGCCCGGACCGGUUCCCUACUGUUCAUCUGAGUACAGUCAUAUGCAUCCUCCAGGGUCUGCAGUCUUACAGCCGCCGCCGGAUAAUGUUAAUGUUGCACAGCUUUCUUCGGAGAGAGAAAGGCGCAAUUCAUACCAGUGGAUGAGUAAAACUGCUCAGUCAUCUUCUACAGGUAAAACAAGAACGAAGGAGAAAUACAGGGUAGUCUACACAGACCAUCAGAGGCUGGAGCUGGAGAAGGAGUUUCAUUUCAACAGAUACAUCACCAUCAGGAGGAAGUCCGAGCUGGCUGUCAACCUCGGAUUGUCGGAAAGACAGGUGAAAAUCUGGUUUCAGAACCGCAGGGCGAAGGAGAGGAAGCUGAUCAAGAAGAAGCUGGGUCAGUCGGACGGCAGCAGCGGCUCCGUGCACAGUGACCCGGGUUCAGUGAGUCCCCUGCCGGUGCCGACGGGCUCCCUCAGCCCCACAGACAUCCACGGCUCUAUGUAUCCUCCACAGGGAAUGAGCACCUUGCCAUCAAUCGGGAAUAUACAGCAAGUGACAGUGACUCAGUGAAACAGU